AUGUGUAUCAAAUUUGUUGACAAAAGUGAUGACGAAAAAUUUUCUCAUAACCUAGUAGCAAUAUUGGCAAGGGACAGAGAAGUGGUGGCAAAAUACCUGAGAAUUAUAUCUGAAUACGAACCUAUGCUAUGGAUGGAUGCAUUUAAAAGGGAUGAUACAAAGGAUUUAAUCUUCGAAGUAGUGGCAUACUGUUCUGCAAAGUUCAAUUCUAUAUUUGGUAAACUUAAGAAAGAUUUAAAGGAGGGUAAAGACGAGCAAUAUGUUAAAUCUUUUAUAAAAUAUGUUUCAAAUCACGCUAUUGAUAUAAAUAAAAAAAAUAUUAUCCAAAGGUUUAUUCCUGAUCCCAAGGAUUAUGACGAUUUCAAAAAUACAUGUUUUAUAAUCAGUGUGAUAGCAAACAGACUAGUACAAAUAUAUAGUAGCAUAGGAAACCUGGACUUUGAAAACAUUAACAAACGUAUAUGUAUAUCUACAUGUAGAAAUGAACAUAGUGACCCACUUAAUAAAUGA